CACUGUGUGCCUCGGGAGCUGUGGCCGUUGUGAGCCAGCGCAGCAGCAGCAGUGGGGCAGUGCAGGGGGUUUCCUGGGGUCGACCCCAGUCCCCAGCCCUGCAGCUGUGCCCUCCCAUGUCACACACAGCCCUCAAAGUGCUGAAAAAGCUGCGCGACCGGCUUCACACCUGGAGCAAUUCAUAUCCAGACUAGAGGAUAUAGUCUUAGGAUGUACCGGGAUGGUUCAGGACUCCCCAAAUACAGGCCUACUUUCCCCAGAUGUUGGCAGCAUUCAGCAGUCAGAGGACAAGCUGUUGGAGUACUUGGGAGGGGUGAUCUAUGAAUCCCUGGACUGGGGAAUUGACAGCCAAGUGGAGCGAGAACUGAGUGAUCCUUUGGAGAAACUGCUGUGCCUCAUGUUGAAGCUGGAUGACAAGGCAACAAAACCACCAGUCACCCUGCAGGAUGUUAUCAAGGCCUGUGAGGAGCACUUGUCCAGGCCUUCUGAGGCUAUCAGCCAUUAUGAAAUGACCUGUAGGAAUCUGUUUACUGAAUAUAUGGAACUACAGAAGCUUGUGACCAUCAUCCAGACCUCCAAAGAAAGACUGAGAAAAAUGGAUGUGGAAGAUUGGAUGGAAAAUCCCAUUCAAAAGAAGAAAACCCAUGGUGCAUCUCUGUGGCCCAGUGUCGUCUGUGAGCUGCAGGCUGGUGUGAGGCUGCGCAAGGUUGCUGAGCGACCACGGCGUUGCGGGUCUCCAAAGGAACGUGUUCGCUCUCCCUAUGAGCUGCUUUUGGAUGACAUUCAGCACAAGAGGUACACCCUGCGGAAGGUGACCAUCAAGCAAAAGCACAGGGCCCCCAAAGUUGAGGUAGCUGCUCUGAAGCCUCAUCUAAAACCGAUGUUGAAGGUGCAGCUGAAACAGUGUGUGCCACAGGAGCCCAGGUGGCAUGAACAGCUCAUGGCAGAAGUAAAACAACCACUGAAGCUUUGGGCAGCAGCACAGGAAAAGAGGGGCAGGCCGAAAGAAAUGCUUGUGGCAUCAAAUACUGCCUUGAUCUCUCCAAGCGUCAAUUUCUUACAUCUCCAAGAUGCCAGUACUGAGUUUAAAUCUGCCAACACUAAAACACAGCAGCUGGGAGCAGGAGCUCAGAUUAUGAACAUCCUGUCCUUUGGUCAACAGGAAACCACUCCCAGGCUGCCUGCCAGCACCUGCCUUUCCUCCACCAGGCCAUCAGGAGUAUCCUGCAUCAGCACAGGUCUUGCUGCAAAUUGCACUCCUCCCAUGAGUGCACCUGCACCAGGAGACAUUAAGCCUAAGUGUUUCCUGAGCACUGGCCAACAGCAGCUGCCUCCUUAUAGAGGAAGGUCCAAAUCUUUAGAGAGAGGCCUUCAAAGCAAAAAACUUGACUGUCCCUUUCCUACUAAGUGCCCAUCACCAACCAUUGCUGAGCUGAUUGGAACCAGUUAUGCAAUGAUGGUGCUCGAAGGGCAAGGCCUCUUCCAAGGAGGUAGUGAUGGUGUCUUUCCAAGAGCAAAGAUCUGUUUCAGCUGCCAGAAGCAGAUGUUUCUUAAGUGGCCUUACAAAUGUUACCUCUGCAGCAGGGUUGUCUGCUGUGACUGCUGUAUUAAGAUGUCCAUGCCCUUCAGAACAUGUGUACAUCUCCCACUUCAAUUCCUAAGAUUUUUGAGACUGUCUGGAGAGGAGGAUCCAGCUACUCAGGAACAGAAGAGCUCCAAGUUGCUACAUGAAAUAGAGCACCAGCAGUAUUUUGGUGUACCCGUUGUUUUGGAGCCCCGUGGCCUAGCACAGCCCCUGUGCUGUUACACAGGGACCAUGGCAAACUGGCUGACUGCAGACAUCUGUACAUGGUGUGAGCAAUACCUAUUGAAUGUGACUUCCAGUCAACAGCACAGCAUCCCUCUCAGGAGAUUUUCCUGGGCUUGAACCAAACUGGAAUGAUUCUACCAUACAUUUCUUCUGUCACUUCUUAUGUACCUGAAAUAAAUGAAACAGCUUUAUGCACCUUCUGACAUAAAGGCCUGAAUGAAAGACCUCCCUGCUGGUUAGUCUAAGCAGGAAGCACAGUUAGCAUUUCUGUAUUGUGAAGUUUUCUAAAGCUUUGUGGGUUUUUAAACUGUUGUAAUUCUUUUUGUGUCUUGGGGAAAAUAAAUGUUGAAGUAUUAUCAUG